CAUGAUCCCGCCGCCGGACUCGCUGCUGCGCUACAACCCGCCGAUGCUCGUCAGCCGCCGCACCGAGAAGCGCUCUCCGGAGGCCCUCCCGCUGAAGGCCAUCCCGCAGCCCUCCCCGCCGCCGGGUCCCGUUCCGCCGUCCCGACCUCGCACGGCCGCCGCUGCCGCGUCAGCGAAGGAACCGCAGGAGAUCCUGAACGCCAUCCUACCGCCGCGGACGUGGGAGGAGGACAACCGGCUGUGGGUGCAGGAGGUUUCCAGCGCUCCCAGCACCCGGCUGGACGUCGUGCAGCUGCAGGAGCAGCUGGACCUGAAGCUGCAACAGCGGCAGGCGAGAGAAACAGGCAUCUGCCCCGUGCGAAGGGAGCUGUACUCACAGUGCUUCGAUGAGCUGAUCCGUGAAACCACAAUUAACUGUGCAGAGCGAGGACUGCUGCUGCUUCGAGUCAGGGAUGAGAUCCAAAUGACAAUUGCUGCUUACCAGACGUUGUACGAGAGCAGCAUUGCCUUUGGCAUGCGGAAGGCACUGCAAGCAGAGCAAGGCAAAUCUGACAUGGAAAAAAGAAUUGAAGAGCUAGAAGAGGAGAAGCGGGAGCUGGAAAGACUGGUGAGCGAAGAGAAAGCAAAAUGUGAAGCUAUUGAGAAACGUGAGAUUGAAAGGCGACAGAUAGAGGAAAAGAAACACACUGAAGAGGUCCAAUUCCUGAAGAGAACCAAUCAACAGCUGAAGGCUCAACUUGAAAGCAUCAUUGCACCAAAUAAGUAAAUUUUUUGUUGGCCUCCAGGCCAGAAGAGCUGUCAGAGCACAAAGUUUGCAAUUAAUGACAGAGAUUUGUCUUCAUAAAACAAUACUGAACUUUCACUUACCGGUAACUGAAAGCAGUCUAAUUGCAUUAUUUCUCCCUUUUUCUCGUUAAGAAUUGAAAUUUAAAACCUCAGUAACAACUGUGCCUUCUUCCUGUGCCAUCACAGCAUUCAGCUCCUCGAUAUGUGAACAUGGCUGGGUCUUGCUAGUUGGCAAUAUGCUGGAUGAUCUUCAAAGCAAUAAACUAAUAAAUGCUUUUCCAGGCAA